AUAAAUUAACUAAGCCGAGAAAAUUAAUAAAAGAUUAAGAGAAGGAAACCCAAGAAUAUUGUUUUCCAGAGCCCGCACGAAACAUCAACAAAUACAUUACACAGACAGUGACACAACAACAUUCACUCUUCUCCUCAAAUGUUUUUGGAUCUCAAAACUUGAAAAAUUAAUCCCUUGAAGAAAUUAAAAUAUAACCCAUGAUUUUCAGAUCCAAAAUAAAAUGGGCAGCUUUUGGAGGACUCAUCUUAUCCAUUGUUUCAUUAAUUGUUCACUUAAUUCUUGCCAAAUAUUCAAGUGUCGACCUUGUUCAGUAUUCUACUGUCACUGCUUUCGCUGAUGAUCUUGGUUUCACUCUUGGAACUACCCGGGUAUUGGGUUACAAGAAAUUAUGGGGAAAUGUGAAGUUGCUCCAAUCUUUACAGCCUUAUUCUAAUCCUAGAAUUUCUUUUCCUGAGCCAGCUGCUCGAAGCAAUGGUUUCAUAUAUGCGAAAAUAUUUGGCGGAUUUGAGAAGAUCAGGAAUUCGAUUGCUGAUCUUGUCGCUGUAUCCAGACUCUUAAAUGCCACCUUGGUUAUCCCAGAGAUUCAAGAAAGUCUCCAGUCAAAAGGCAUCAGCUCGAAGUAUACAAGCUUCUCGUAUGUAUACAAUGACGAACAGUUCGUAGCAGCUUUGAAGAAUGAUGUUAUCAUUGUGAAGAGCUUGCCUCCUAAGUUGAAGGAAGCUAGAAAACAGAAACAGUUUCCAACUUUUAAGCCUACACGCUCUGCCUCUCCAAGUUACUAUAUUACAGAAGUUUUACCAGCAUUGAAAAAGGCAAAGGUUAUUGGUUUAGUCAUCUCUGAUGGCGGUUGUUUACAGGAUGCCCUUCCUCCAAGCUUGGCAGAGUUCCAGAGGCUUAGGUGUAGGGUUGCUUAUCAUGCACUGCGCUUUAGAGCAGAAAUUCUGGCACUUGGGCAUGAAAUUGUGAAGAGGUUACGCGCUUCUGACCAACCGUACCUUGCUUAUCACCCUGGCCUUGUGAGAGAUCCACUAGCUUAUCACGGUUGUGCUGAGCUGUUUCAGGAUGUUCACACUGAACUAAUACAGUAUAGGAGAGCACAGAUGAUUAAGCAACGUAUUAUCAGAGAAGAGAUAAGUGUUGAUUCACAUGCUCGGAAGAUGAAUGGUUCAUGUCCCCUUAUGCCAGAAGAGGUAGGUUUGCUGCUUCGAGCCAUGGGCUAUCCUCCACUCACUAGAAUAUAUGUGGCUGGUUCUGAAAUCUUUGGUGGACAGAGGGUACUGAUCCCUCUCCAUGCCAUGUACACAAACUUGGUAGACCGUACCUCAUUGUGCAAUAAGCAGGAAUUGUUGAAUUUGUUUGGCCCUGAAAAGCCACUUGAGGAAGAAGCUCUUGAAACACUUCCAUCCAAAAGCCCCCAGCUGUCAAAAGAAGAAUGGGACAAGGCUGGUCCCCGUCCUAGGCCCCUUCCCCCUCCUCCUGACAGACCUAUCUAUCGUCAUGAAAAGGAGGGAUGGUAUGGUUGGGUUGCUGAGAAGGAUGCAGAGCCAGACCCCUCGCCAUCAGAGUUGAGGACUCGGGCACAUAGGCUCUUGUGGGCUGCUCUUGAUUAUAUAGUGUCCGUCGAAGCAGAUGCAUUUUUCCCUGGUUUCCACAACGAUGACAGUGGGUGGCCAGAUUUUUCAAGUUUGGUUAUGGGACAUCGGCUUUACGAAAUGGCAUCAUUAAGAACAUAUCGACCAAAUAGGAAAUAUCUGACGGAGCUAUUCAAUAGUAGCAGCGAAAAUCUUUACCAUCCCAAGCGCAGUUGGAUUCUAUCUGUGAGAGAGCAUUUGAACAAGAGUGUUGGUGAGGAAGGCCUUCUAAGGGAACUAAGAUCAUCAAAACCCACUGCUUUCCUUUCUUACCCCAUCCCAGAGUGCUCUUGUCGGACAACAAAUUCCCCUGAUGUUAUAGGUUCACUUUACCGAGAUGUCGAUGAAUGCCCUAAAUGGAUGGAGAAAGGUCUCAAAGUCAGUUUGCAAGACACAGUAAUUAGUGGGAAUGAAUCACCCGAGGAUGAUGCAGAAUUGGAUAAGCAGUUGGAACCUGAUGAAGAUGAUUCAACUCAGACAAAAUCGUCAUUGGAGCAAGAUGAGGAAAUGGAUCCUGAUGACUAGCAAAACUGUUAUAACUGUGAUCCAUUCUUUUAUAUCAUCAUGUUCAUUCGAAAAAGAACUUGGCAUUCUGCUUGGACGAAGUCGACCUCCCUUGAGGCUUCUAGUUCGGAGAGUACUGAUGCGCCAAGGACCGAGGGUUUUAUAUUAACUGCGACCAUUAUAUUGAGGCUGCACUUAGAGGUGCUUUUAUGGCCUGAUUUCUUCAGCAAGUGUUUGCCCUCUUGCCAUUUCAAGCGUACUCUUAAUGAUGUUCAAUGGAAAUCUUUCCAGGAAAGCUGCAAUUUUGGAAGAGAUAAAAGUUCCUUUUUCUCUCUCUAUAUUUCUAUAUAUAUAUAUAUUCUAUACAGGCAUUCGCUAAGGUUUACAUAUUUUUGUUCAUUUUUUUUCCUAUUCGUUUUGGUAGAAAAUUUUUCAUUCACCCAUACGACGAGUUUUUUGUUUCACUUUUGUAUAUCAAAUGUAUUCUAAUUUUUUUCUCGGAAAUUAAUAAAAAUUGUAUGAUUUGCUGAA